AUGGAGGACAGAAUACAAUUCAACAUAAAUGAAUCGCUCAAGUAUUACCUGAGUGAUCCUGCUUCUAUUCCUACCCCUGAUGCGGACCCGGAACUGCUGGAUUGCGAAUCGGAUCCCGACCAAAUUUCGCCCGCGCUGAUUGACAAUGUCCUGAACCCGAUCGUGGAUGCCAUCGCGGAGAACCCGGAAGGAAUAACGCGAGCAUCAUUGUUUGAUUCGCUACAGUUUUUAUUAAAGUGCGCCCCGGUCCCUUCCCAACUUGCCCAUGGAGGCUGGCGCCCGCCUGGACUCGAAUCUGACGAACCCUUUCACUCUUGCAGAUAUGCGACCCUUCUUCCCGCGAAGUAUUUGAGCAAACUCUUGGAUUUGGUUGUUUCCGGUCUGUCGGUGGAGGCAGAUAUUAUCCAUGGAGACCUUGAAUCCGAGGACCAGGAUGCCAUUCAACACCACAAGCAGCUUCUGGAAAUGUACGGGUUCCUUCUCCAGUGGGCCUUGUCCGCUGUUGAGGUUAAGGCAGCAGAAAAGCCCACCGAUGCGGCACCCGUGCGGAGAGGCGGACCGAAAUCCAAGAAGUCUGCCAAUAGUGGGCAGUGGGAUUGGACUCCACAGAUCCAAAUUUCCAUGGAGACCAUGUGCAAGGUGAUGAAGCUCAAACUAGGACGCAUAUUUCUGACCACUUCGGAUCGUGACACCUUUAUUACCCUUUUCACACGAACAAUCUACCUGGUUCUCGAGAGCGAGCAGCGGGUAAAGAGUAUGGCCAUCCGCAUGCAUGCUUUCAAGGUCCUUUGCAUCGCAGUCAAGCACCAUGGUCAGGCAUUUGGAGCUCAAACUUCCAUUGUACAGAGCUUGACUUACUUUGAGCAUCUCUCUGAGCCCAUGGCCGAGUUCCUCCACAUUUUGGCGGAGCAAUACGAUUAUCCACAGCUUUCUGAUGAGAUUCUCAAGGAGCUUGGAAACAAGGAGUUCAACUCAAACGACACAAGAGGUCCUAAGUCUGUAUCGACCUUCAUUAUCAAACUAUCCGAACUGGCUCCCAGAUUGAUCAUCAAACAAAUGACUCUUUUGGCCAAACAGUUAGAUAGCGAGGCAUAUACACUUCGUUGUGCAGUCAUCGAAGUCUGCGGCAACCUCAUCUCCGAUCUCAGCCGGCAGGAAGAACGCAGUGAUAAUUAUAAGACCCAGAUUAACGCAUUUUUCGACGUUCUAGAGGAAAGAUUCCUCGAUAUCAAUCCUUACUGCCGCUGCCGAGCGAUUCAAGUAUUCAUGCGAAUCUGCGACUUGGAGCAAAAGUUCCCUAAAAGGCGACAGGCCGCUGCGGAACUUGCCGCCAGAAGUUUGGAGGACAAAAGUAGCAACGUACGACGCAAUGCGAUUAAGCUACUGUCCAAACUUGUCUCGACACAUCCAUUCAGCGUUAUGCAUGGCGGGCAACUAGCCCUCAAGGGGUGGACCGAGAGACUCGACGCGGUUGACGCCGAAUUGAAUGCCUUGCGACCUCCUGAGACGCCUGGCUUUGAGGCAGGCGACAUGACUCAAGUUGACCCUGAGUUGUUGGACGAUGCUACACAGCUACCAGAUGACUCUCCCUCCAAGGCACCUCGGAUGAGCGAGGAAGAGAAAGCUGCCGCUGUGCGGAAAGCUGCAGAGCAAGCGGCAACAUCCGAAUUGAUGACGCGUCUUCAACUGACGAGGAAAUACUAUAAUGAGGCCAUUCGAUUCAUCGAAGUGCUUCACUCCGGGUCAACCAUCGUCACACAGUUGCUUUCGUCUCGGAAUAAAAGCGAGGUUAUCGAAGCCAUGGACUUCUUUGUCGUCCUGGAUGCGUACAAGGUUGAGACUGCCCGGAGUGGAAUUCGUCGUAUGCUGCGUUUGAUUUGGACCAAAGGCAACAGCGACGAAGGAAAAGGUGUCCAAACCCAUCUCAUUGAUUGCUAUAAGGGUCUGUUCUUCGAUGCGCCUGGUUCUUUCACUCCCAACGAUGCUGCAAACUAUAUCGCCCGCAACAUGAUUAGUUUGACUUUCGGUGCAACCCCUGCGGAGCUCACCUGCCUCGAGCAGUUGCUGAGCACCAUGAUGAAGGCUGGAAAUGUAUCAGACGCUGUUAUUGCUAAGCUAUGGCAGGUGUACGGUAUCCAGAAGAAGGAGAUCUCACGGACGCAACGCAGAGGUUCGAUCAUUGUCCUCGGCAUGUUAGCCCUGGCAGAUCCGGAAAUUGUGGUUAAGGAGAUUGAGGCCAUGCUGCGCAUCGGUCUGGGUAACUUGGGAAGGGUUGACCUCGUUCUCGCCAAAUACACCUGCAUUGCUUUGCGGCGCAUGAUCCCCGGGCGCCAAGCCAAGUCGAAGGAAGUUGUUGGAAUUCCUAAGCUCGCCAGCGAUCACUCUGUGCUGCUCAAGCUGGUAGCCAUGCUGGAGAUUGAGACAGCUAGCAAGGAAUGGUACGGAGUGGCAGAACACGCGCUCAACGCCAUUUACGCCUUAUCUAAACACCCCGACGUUAUUUGCUCCGAUAUUCUUCGACGGAAGACCAGAUUUGUCUUUGCGCCACACCUUCAACAACGCCCGGCAUCCUCCCACGCCUCUGUUACCGGAGAAGAGGAGCAGCAGCGACCCGGGACCGCAUCGACCGAGGGCCAGGAUUCCAAGCCUAAGCCAGCGUCCGCUGCACUCUCACAGCUGCUGUACGUUGUUGGCCACGUUGCAAUCAAGCAAAUUGUACAUUUGGAGCUGUGUGAACUCGAUUUCAAACGCCGAAAAGUCGAACAAGAGAAGAACAAGGCAGCCGCUGCUCCUCAAAAGGAAGACGAUGCCGACGCUGACGAGCUUGAUCUCAUCGGCGGUACGACAGAAGACGACUUCCAAGACGCGAUGGCCCAUAUCCGAGAACGUGAGCUACUCUAUGGGGAAAACUCUCUCUUGGCCAAAUUUGGCCCGCUGGUAGUGGAGAUCCUUGCCAACAAUAACUCCUACCCGGACCGUGACCUUCAGGCUUCUGCCACUUUGUGCAUUGCGAAGCUCAUGUGUGUGUCUGCCGAGUACUGUGAGAAAAACCUACCGCUGCUCAUCACCAUCAUGGAGCGGUCCGAAGACCCUAUCGUCCGGAGCAAUGCUGUGAUUGCGCUGGGCGAUAUGGCCGUUUGCUUUAACCACCUCAUCGACGAAAACACCGACUUCCUCUAUCGUCGUUUGAACGAUGAGGAUGCUUCUGUCAAGCGUACAUGUCUCAUGACCCUCACCUUCCUCAUCUUGGCUGGUCAAGUCAAGGUCAAGGGACAGCUAGGCGAGAUGGCGAAAUGUCUGGAAGACGAAGACAAGAAGAUCGCUGAUCUGGCUCGUAUGUUCUUCACGGAAUUGGCAACCAAGGACAACGCCGUGUACAACCACUUUGUCGAUAUGUUCAGUCUGUUGAGCGCAGAGCCCAACUUGGAUGAGGCCUCUCUCCGCCGCAUCGUCAAGUUCUUAAUCGGCUUUGUCGAGAAGGAAAAACACGCUCGCCAGCUGGCCGACAAGCUCGCCGCUCGCCUUCCUCGAUGCGAGACAGAGCGACAAUGGAACGAUGUUGCGUAUGCUUUGUCUCUUCUGCCGCAUAAGAACGAGGAGAUUGCCAAGACCGUCACUUCAGGGUUCAAGGUCGUCAGCGCCGGUGCCUGA